CGAACACAAGUUUGUUCUGUUUUGUUCAAACUUUGAUUAGUUGGGUGAAUCUUACUGAUUAAAGUAUUAAACGUUCUCCCGUAUUCAAUCGGUUUGUUGACUCCCAGAUUCUCAUGCAAUUCCGAUUUUUUCGGUUCGCUAGAUAUCAACCGAAGCAGACCGGAUUAGUGCGGGUUUGAAAACACUGGUUUGGAUUUAAAAUAAAAUUUGGUUCACUUUCGGUUCGGUUCGGUUUACAAAGCCCUUCAAAAUUAAAACCCUAUUAUCUCUCUGUUUCCUCUUCUCCGACGGCUCCAUACGUUUUCCUCUGGUCGAGCACUCCAAAUCGCCGAGAAACUGUAGAACAGAGCCUGCAACAACGUGGAAAGGACGAGUGGCUAAGGUGUUGCUGCAAUGUCGGGAGCAGAAAUGAAAUCGCCUUUCAUACCGGAGGAAUGGUCGGAUGCAGCAACCUCUGUUUCAAGCAGUUCGCUGCAGCCGGUUGUAGCUUUGGUCUGUGGCCCUAAAAACAGUGGCAAAAGCACAUUUUCCCGCAACCUUGUUGAAGUUCUUCUCCGAAGAUACAAAAGGGUUGCUUAUUUGGACACCGAUGUUGGCCAGCCUGAAUUCACCCCACCUGGUUUUCUUUCUCUCACAGUCGUCGAUAAUUCAAUUCUAGGCUGGGUUAAAGGUAUUGGGUAUGAUUUAUUGGUGGAUGUAUUGAGAUACGUUUCUCCUUCCCACGUUGUGAAAAUCAACAUCUCUGUUCACGGCAAGAACCUACCAGAUGGGUUGUUCUGGUUAGACGGUAAUGAUGAUGAGACAGCUCAUUUGAUAGAGAUUCAAUCUGCUUACCAAGACAGUUUCAAUCGAUCCGUUUUGAUACAAAAGGAUGCUCGUUUGAUGAGGGACACGCGUAUAAUCGCUUACUUCAGGCAAUGCAUUAAAGGAAAAGAAGUAAACACUAUCAAAGAGUUAACCCAUGAACUCGCUUCCCUUGCUCCUUAUGAGGUUCCAAUAUCGAGUUUAACAAUCAAUCAUCUCCACUGUCAGAUCCCAAGUUCUGAAGUGUUUUAUAGUUUGAAUGCUUCCAUUGUUGGCUUGGGCGUUAGCUCCGAUGUGUUUGAAGAUUUGCCUUCAUGUGUAGGUCUUGGAAUCGUGAGGGGUAUUGACACUGAGAGAGGAAUAUUGUAUGUGAUCACUCCAGUUGCAGAAAAUGUAGUUGAGAAAGUUGAUCUUCUCUUACAAGGACAUAUUCAGUUACCUACGUGUCUUUUGGAGGUGAAAGAUUACAGAUCUCCAUAUCUAUCUCCCAAUGUCUUAGCUUCCACCUAAACUCUCUUUCAAGACAUUCUGUUGCUCAGUUUUUCCGUUUACUACUUACAAUGUAUCAGUUUAUCUAUUACAAUCCUUCACUAGAAAACUCAUUUGAUUUAUCAUGGACAUCUUCAAGAGGCUAAAACAUUUGUUGGAGAACUGAAUAUAUACAAAGGUGAUGUUUAUCCU